UUGCUUUUUCUCCAGGCCGCAAUCGAACUGACCAAACGAUUGGAGGAAGUUCGCCUGCUGGAAUCACGCCGCUCGCCCCGUCUCGCCGAUCAGGAAAAGGACACGGACUUUGCCCGGCUGGCCGACAUGGCUGGGGACCGGCGGCGACAAUCACACAGCAUCGAUGUGCCAUUCUCACUUACGCAACAAAAUGGAUCUCGUAAACGACGCCCGUCAUACUCACAGGACGAUCGGGAAUACUACAGCAUCAACGACGACGACCCGAUGGACGAAUGCAAUGCCGCCCUGGUACUUAUGAGUUUGUCCUGUUCGCCGAAUUCUUCUGUGACUGGCUGGGAAACUGUGCUGGGCACCAGUUCUAGCAGUAGCACCACCUCGUGGAGCACCGGUUCGACCACGCCGCCGCUCAGCGAGGAUGGUCAUUCCACGCCACCGAACAACAGCGUUAGCAGCAGCAGUGGAAUCAACAGCAACGGAAGCAGUCCAGCGAACAACAACAACAACAAUAACAGUACUACCGCUACCAACGGCACGACGAUCACGGCCAACAAUAAUUCUACCAACGAAACCGUCAUUCGCGGACCACGGACUACAUCAUUCUCGGACGAAGGCAUCGGAAUGGACUACAGCGAGGACAUGAAGAGAAAACGACGGGCAAGCCAACCAAUCUACAAAUGCACCUGGAAGGGUUGUGGAGUUAUCUACACAUCUUGUUCUGAGGUCACCGCUCACGUACGAAACGCACAUCUUGGACCGGACGCGGCCAGCGACGACGAGGAUUUCUACUUUAACGAGUUCGAGGAUGAGAGUGAUAGCGGUCACAGUGCACCCCAUCCGCCAUCGCCACCGACUCUGAGCCACCGCGACAUGGCUCGACCUCCGCACGAGGAUCCGGAAUACCAGCGGCAAAUCGUUGGUAACUACCGGCAAGGGCUGCUGUCGAUGUCGUCCGCCGCCCAGCAGCAGCAGCAACAACAGCAGCAACAUCAUCACCAUCAGCAGCAGCAUCACCAACACCAUCAGCAUCAGCAGCUGAGCUCGGCUGGUGUCAUCAAACCCCCACUGCCACUGCCGGGAGCGGCCACGACUGCCGGUCAUCCGCUUCACCAUCCGGGGUUGAACAAUAAUAACAACAACAACAACACCAUCAUCAGCGGCCAAGGCAGCAACACCAGCAGCAAUAACGGAAGCUCCGCCAACAGCAGUAGCAACGGCAGCGGCGCCGUGCAUCCGCACAGUAACACUUCGCCGCUGAUACACCACAAUUACACCUGGUCGCAGGUCAGUCCGACCUCCCCCCAGAAGCACGUCCGCCUAUCGCCCCGACCGUCAGCCUCCUAUCCGUACCCGUCGCCAAACUACUCAAACCAAAUAGCUCAACAACAUCACUACCAACAGCAGCAGCACCUUGGCCAAAUCCAGCUCUCACCGGGCGGCACCAACUAUCACCACCAGUCGACGAUUUCGCUCUCCUCGGGCAGCGCCGGUGGCCAGGUGCAGCCCCUCAACGGUUCCGGGGCCUUUGCCACACCCGGUUCCAGCCCUGGCGCCGCCAGCAAUCGAUCGCCACUUUCGCCGAACCGCCGGACGCGGGGCGAGAACAAAAAGUGCCGCAAGGUGUACGGCAUGGACCACAAGGAGCAAUGGUGCACCCAGUGCAAGUGGAAGAAGGCCUGCAGCCGCUUCGGGGACUGAUCCAAGUCUCGCAAGCAUCCGCCGCCAUCGGCGACGGCAGCCACGACAGCGUCGGCGACGACGACAACAACAACUUCUACGGGAGCAUCGCAGCAAGCGACGUCUGCGGCUGUCAGCGCGGCAGCAGCGCCCCUAGCGGUUGCACUAUCAAACCACCUUCAUCACAACCACAACCACCACAACAACAACCAUCACCAUCACAACAAUAGCAGCCAGCAGCAAUCAGUCUGAUGUGUGAGAAGAGCAUGUCUGCGUAUGGUUGAAUAAGUGGAAUAAAAAAACAGAAUGUUUGCGCGGUUGACAUGUGUGCGUGUGGGCGCGUCUGGCUAGGUAAGAACGAGGGAAAUAUAUGUGUGCGUGGAUGUGUCCGUGAAGCGCGCGUGCACUGUAAAUAUAACCGUGAUAUAUUUUAGCGAGAACAAGAGAAAAAACGAUUGAAAAAUAAGCAAAAAAUAUGAAAAUCAAUUCGUAAAGAGAUAGUUUGUAGGUUCUAUUGAGUGUAAUAAUGUUAGUUAUUUAUAUUCUCAGCAAUCGUAUGUAAAGUCGCAGCCAAUACCAAUAUUGUACAGAAAGAAGAUUGAUCAGAGUGGAACUACCUAAAAAACCAAGAGAAAGAAAGUAAAACAUAGCGGUUCUAUUGGAACGAACAUUAUUUUUAUACUGCUACUACAGAACAAUAGUGUGACUCUAAACGAAAAUUUUCUACAGCACAUUGUUGCCAGUCUAUCCAUUCAAUUUUGUUUCAACACACUGCACAUUAAGCUUACCACACACUUUAAACCAAACUAAAAGCGAUUGAAACAUACAAAAUAUGCAACCCGAUUUUAAUCAUCCGCUGCAGAAACAAAGUUUAAACUUCAAGUUGAACUAUGUGAUUUUAAACUGUUGACAAUUUUUUCAAGGAAAAACGUACUACAAAGCUAAGCAUCGCCGUUGUUCUAACUACUCUUUUUUGUUGAUUUUAAUGCAUAGUAAUGGUCUAAAUGUUGUACUCUAUUAAUCGUUUUUAACAUACCUGCAACACACCAUCGGAAACAACAACAACAACAAUAUGUAUCGCGGAACAAGAAGAAAAUUCGCUUAUCAAAACAAGCAGCAGCAAAAAGGCAGUGUUUCUAACAACACCACCUUCGAGAGGGCAUUGUGGAUCGCGCUAAGAACGAAUGAAUUGGAAGAUGAAAAAAAAUUGGCUUUUGAAUGACGAUUGUCUCUAUCUCUUUAUCGAAUAAUAUGCUCGAAAGAUAUGCGAAGCAACAACUACAGCAAAAAAAUUGGAAAAAAUAAUACAACCAUAAAUAAAUGCAACAAGACUUUUAAAGGCUGAAUUAGUUUUUAACGAACCAGAAAACCAGAAUAAAAUGAGAGAAAACAAAGUUGCGCUUUGCGAUGUCAACGCAAAAUCUAAGGAAGAAGCGAAUCGUACUGACACACACACAACCCAGGUCAUAUCAGCGCGCAUUCUUCAUGCAAUCAAAAGUAAAAACAGAACAAAACCAAAAUCCAAAUGCAAUUGAAAAAUACCCCAAAACAAGGCAAGUUUGGGUAACACGCAGGGUGCGGCUUGAGCCAAAUUCUCAACACGAUGGCGACGGCUGCAUUGACUGCGAAUGACGUUUAGCAACAAAACCAACCCACACACACCUAUGUGAAAGUGUGAAUAAAAGCGAAUAAAACCACUGCCAAUAAUAUUAAAAACCAGAGAAAAAGGGGAUAACCACAAACCAACAAAAGCGAAACAAAAAAAAACAUCUAAGCCGUGAAAAAUACAUUACUAAAAUAAUAUCGACUAAUUAAUUAAUUAGCUGCAAGGUAUGUACGUGUGAAACUUACGUGUUUGACUUGUUUGUUAUUCCAAAAAACCAUUAGUAAAGAGAAGAACAAGAAGGAGAAACGAUUGCUAACGUUAAGCCAACUAUCUCUCUCUCACUUUCACUCUCUCUCGCGCGCGCUCUUUUACUCACUCUAUCUCUCGUUGAAGUGACUAAAGUUUAAGAGAGGAAAGCAACAAAAAAAACUAAAUAAAACAAAACAGAGAGUUAAAAAUAACAAAAAAUCCUGCAAGUUAGGUCUAAUAAUUUACGUAUAAGUUUUAAGCUGAAUACUGAAACGAAUCAGAACCGAAUCAUCCAGACAGAGACCCCCUUUUGGCACGUAUGAGAGGACACAGAACGCAACAACUGGUCAAAUUAUGAUAUUCUCGCUCCCAAGGCUUGGAGCCGGGGGGCAAAAAUGAAGCGAGCUGAUUUUACUCCUUCGUUUUGGUUCUCAUUUAUUUUUUUGUGUUUUUUCAUGUACACUUGCAAAUUGUUUGUAUCAAUUUUUAGGAAGAAAAAAAAAUAAUCAGAAAAAUGGAUGUGCUUUUUUCCUCGAUUGAGUGAAACUUUUUUUUUUCACUCGAUAAAGAAGAACUGAUAACAGUGUCGGUUUCGGGGGAAUGGGUGGCAGUAUUGCCGACGCUUUGGUUGCGCCUUGGCUUGCGAAAGACUGCCGUUUGCUUUUCGGAAAAGACUUCAAAUAUUUUUUUUAACUAAUUCUAAGCGUAUUUAUUUUUAGCUUAAGCACGGGUACUGAAGUAUGGCUGGAGAACUGCCAGCUGAUACUGUGAGGGGGUUUUUAUAAAGUGACACAAAUGGGGCGAUGAUGGCGAACUUCUUCGAGCACAUCCAUUUGUCUGUGAUGUUUGACGACUGCAUAUACUGCAGAAUGCGGCGUGUUUUUAUUUUGUGACAAAGGGGCAAUAAAUGAUCUGAGAUCGCUGAGCUUCCGUUUUAUUUAAUUUUAUUAUUUUUUUCAAUUUUUUACAAGCAAUACAAGCGCGCUUCCUUCUCGUCAUAUUUGUACAGCAGCAUUAGCUCCAAGCAAAAGAGUGAUAUUCAAAUCAGUCUAGUCGAUUGAAAGUUAAAGUUUACCACAGUAAAAAUGUUCGUUUCACAUCAGAUGCCAAUCAAAACAAGAGUGUUUCGAUAUCAACUUGACCGUUGCUAUGUUACGGCUGCCAGAGAGCAGGAAGCGCACUGUGAUAUGUUUUUCUGUUGAUCUUCCAAAACCCAUUUGUUUGAUAAAACUUUAUUUUGAAAAUAUUUUACGGAAAUGAAACUACGUAAUGACAAAGAAUGAAAAUUGAACUCUGUUGCACGAUAGUAAUAUUAAGAACAUAUUGAUCUCCUAAAAUGUGUAGAAAAAAAUGCUUUCAUCGAAUUCCGCGUAACGAAUCUUCCCUGCUGUGUGUCGCAUAUUUUGAUUGCUGUCAGUAUCGCUGGACGCAGGCGACGGUGCGUUACGGUAACGCUUCUUGCCAGCAAUGCAAGUGACACCUACAUAAUAAAGAGGGCAAUAAAUUUUGAAAAUUACAAUUGAUCAAAAACGUCCCUUGAAACUGAAACCCAAAAUUGACUGAGCAAAUAAAAAAAAACUCCUACCAAAUUGAGCUAAUUGAGAUAAUCAAAAAAUAAAAUGCGGAUGAGACAAAAAGAAAAAUUUUUAACAACACCAACUCAUCUAAGAAGCAAAAUAAAAAACAAUACGGAAGCAAUCGAUCGAUAUUGGCAUUAUACUCGCGCGUGCGUUCAAAUUAAUCCAACUAAAACAAACAAAAAAAGUAUCACACACAGAUAAUCGUGACAAUCGUGAGAAUAACGGAAGCAAAUGCAUCACAUUGAAAAUGUAACUAAGUAAAAUCGGUCGUUACGUUUUCUUUUAACUUUUGCCCUUACGUUUACAUGCAAUGUAAAGCAAAACCAAAGCUGUAAUUCGAAAGAGCAAAACAAAACAAAACAAAAAACAUUUCGAGGUUAGAUCCGACGCACAUGCAUAAGAGUAAAGCAAAACAAAACAAAAAAACUGAAACUCAUCGCGACUAAAUUAACACGAAAAUUUGCGAAAGAAAAAUACUACAAAAUAAAAGACUAAAUUUUUUGCCUCUUUAUAUGUACAAAAACGUAAUUCAAAACUUGUAUAUGGGUGCAACUUUCGUAAGAACUUGCGCGUAUACCGUAAUAAAACCUUUACAAGUUUUUUGCAUCUCAUUAUAGUAGGCAUCGCCAAAUCGAAAGUAGAAGAAAAAAAUUAAGCGGGGAGGGGUUUCAACCCAACCCCAAUCUACCGGCGAAGAAGAUAUCCUAACCUUAACAAACUGAUCGUAUGUAAGCUAAGCUAGGUAUUUGUUUACGAUUCUAUUCUGUUAGUCGGUGAAUAAAUGAAGCACAAGUGGAAAAGGAAAUAACAGCUAGGCUCAUCCUUCAUCCUUUUCUACUACACACCCAUGGUAACGCUUUUGGCAACCCCAACAAAGCAGAGAAACAAUAGGGCAAACAGACGCACGCACACACAACAAGCCCAGAGACAGAAAACAACAUACAUAUACGCAAUGGAAACAAAUUUACUGUUCGAUCGAUAUCCCUCCAAUAAAUGAAGAAAUCGUUAGAAAGUUAUUCAAACUAAUGCUAUCAAACCACUCAUUCUAUAAUAGGGUAAUGUUAAAUAUUUGUUGGUGGUUUCGGUGAGGUUUGAUCGUGCCUGGAAGUGUCUUUGCACGAACAAAUCUCACCCCCUUAACCAGUAUUCGUCAUGAGGUAGCGAACUAUGCGUAUAAGUACGAGAUUGAUUCACUUUUUUCUACAACUCCCAAUCAUUAUCGGAUUUAAGAUCGUGUUGUUAACAAAUGAAAUAAACUCCAUCCCUGUCCCGAGUAAAAGAGAGAAGAAAAAAUCCCGAACCUAAUAAUCCCUUUCAUUCUCCCACUUUCCUUCCUCCAAAAAAAAAAACUUAAAAAUAAAAUUGCAAAGAAAACAGGUGUUAUGCAAAUUGAACAGUAGAAUUUAAAUGUUUCAUUCCUCCCCGAGGUGAGAAGUGAGAACAGUGAGCCUCACCACGAGAACGCAACGUAACGAGUAACGUCUGUUGAUUGUCAUGGAAACAAUUGUGCAAGAGAGAGAAACGAAAACAACACAUGAUUAUCGUUAAGGAAACUAGCAGCAGAAUGCAGAGAGGUUUUUCGUGUUAAAAGAAGAGAAAAAAGCGUAAGAACAAAGAGACAACAAAAUCAAAUCAUUCGAUGAAACGAAGCAAGCCGAAGCAAACAAACACUUAUCGAGAAGCGGAGCAAUUUCAGUAUUUUGUUCGGUUACCGCCGUCGCGUCGUUUCGAGGAGCGACAGACACAGUAAAGAACAAGUCUUACUUUCUGUCCUUCUGUAGACGCGAUCAAGCACACAUACACCUCACACACAAACACACACGCAGACAUACCAUCGAGGGGAAACGAGAGAAGAAAAAGAGCAAAAAAACAUGGCGCGAUGCGAGUGCUGGAAGCAAAAACAAACAAAAAAAACAUUUCUUGUAUGAAUAUUAUAAUAUCGUUAUCAUAAAAGUCACUACAGCGUCUUUCUCAUUAUGCUAAGUUAGGCGAGCGAAGCAAAACAAUUAAAGCAAAGCGCGUUGCUUUUUGCGAGGUUAGGUUUUUACGUUGUCGCGUGAGCUAGGUUUAGAAGAGAUCUUGUACUAUUUUCUAUUUUUUUCUGUUUUUUGUUCUUGAAUUUCGAAGGCAAAAACAACAAUUUUAUUUAUGGGCCAUUUAUACCUAAGAUUAUACAUUAUCAACAUUUGUUUGUUUGCGAUGUGCGGAGAGCGAUUUGUGUUUACUUUAUUCUCUACUCCCGUUGCAUCAGCAUUCGAUUUAAUUUCAGAAAAAAAUAUACUAAAAAACCUUUUAUUCGUUCUAGCAAUCGUAAGUAAGCGAAGAAAAACCAAUAAACUGAGUGAAGCAAGAAAAAACGGGAAGUAAACAAAAGAAAGUAAAAAUGUACCAUUUAUAAACUAUUUGUCUCUAGGAAAUAAUUAUUUUUACAUGCAUAGAUACACACAAUAUUAGAUUAUAUUCAUAUACAUUUAUUUCUUUUUUGUUAACAUUAUUUUAAUUUAUUUAUUAUUAGAACAUCAGAAAGCUUAACUGUAACAAUAAAAAAAGAUGUAGCAUAAUUUUACACCCUCUCACAAUGAUAAACAAGGAAACAAAAGUACACAAACACACUCACUCACUCACUCUUACAAAUACACAUACACACACAAAAACCCCUGUAAACAAAGCAAAAGUCGAACCAACAUCAUCACACCACACCGAUGACAGAGUUGACAGUUGUACAUAGAAACAUUAAAAAAGUUUAAACAAAUGUAAACAAGCAAACAAACAAAACCGAAGCAUAAGCAAAGGAGAGAAGCAGUUGUAACAAAUGAGAUACUAAACGCGAGAUUUUGUUUUCUUUGUUCUUCGCUACCCGACUACGUGUCCCGCGCCUCCCCUUUUUAAAAGCAAACAACAACCGCCACCACCAUCCCAACCACCAUCACUUUCAACACCUCCACGAGCACCAGCGCCGGUUACCGGAACUAGGGGCAGGUCCCCGCCGGAACCGGACGUGGUGCGCAAAACGGUGCACCCCAGAAAUGACCGUUAGAUUUCACCCUUGAAGAGUAUAUAGAGGAAACGAAAGUCCGGUCGCACGCAACCCCUCUAACCGAGCUGAGCCGAACCGAAUAAAAGAAGGUUGCGCAUUCAAAAUUUAGAAUAAUUCACCAACAAUUCGGCUUCUUUUACGCUCCCCUCGUACCACGGUGGAGGCUCAGCUCGGUUAGACACGUUACGUAAGCUAAGGGAAUAGAGGCGGAAAAUCCAAGCAACCAGCGCCGCGCAUCAGAAGGGACGCGCAACAGUUCGCAAGAAGAAAAAAUCAAAUCAGAGAAAUGUUCUCUUAUAGCUUUUAGUUGUACCUGUAGAGUUUAUUAGAAACCUCCCCUCCUAAGCCCCGUUUCCGUUCACCUAAUCCCUUCCCUUUGCACUGAUUCUUUCGAGCGUUCGUUUUAUUUUUUUGGUUUGGAUGUACAUACUUAUUGUCUUAUUAUCACAUUGUUUCGGUUAAUUUUUCGUCUGAUUGAUUAUUUACUCCCGGAAUAAAAUUUUACCGUUACAGCAAAAAAAAAAUUAAGAAACAACGCUAAAUACCACAUAUGUAAUAAUGACAAACAUAUUGCAAGCAAAGAAAAAAGAAGUGUUAGUGGAAGCCGAAAUCAUGGUCCAUGCCAAAACACACUAACACAUACACACACUCACUCCCACUCGGCAAAAGAGAGAAGAAAUAACAGAGCUAGGUUUAGGAAGAAGAGUAAUGUGUACACCCUGUAAUUUGCAAUGAGAUGAGUAAAAACAAAAAAAAAACAAGAAUAGACAUUAAACAAACGUAGAGAUGAUGAUCGAGGAGGAAGAUGUGGCGAUUACUGGAAUGAUGAUUAUGUUCAACUCGAGGACAUACGCAGUUUUUUUAGUUCUAAGUAAUACAAUAUUAUACAUAUUAUGAAUAUAUACAUGGUAUUAGAUAAAGCA